AUGGUCAUUGGCGAGGAGCGGCCUCUGCUCUCCGCGAGAGAGGUCCCUGAGGACGGCAGCCCUCGCGACAGCACCGACGCAACAGCCGCACAAGACGUCGAAGCAUACAACAUCGCCGACGACCCAAUUGAGUGGCCGAAGUCUUUCAAAUGGGUAGUCAUAGCGCUUCUCUCGUUCAUGGCCUUUACUGUUACAUUUGCUUGCCUAUCAAUUAUGCCCUCAGCAAACCACAUCGUACGCGACCUCGGCCACGGCAAGUCUAACAAAGCCGCCAGUGUCUUGCUCAUCACCGUGUGGGAGCUGGGCGAGGCAGCAGGACCUCUUUUCAUCGCUCCCUUGUCGGAAACAUUUGGUCGAUAUGCUGUUCUCAAUGCAUCAAACAUUCUGUUUCUAAUCGCGAAUGUGAUGACGGCGUUGUCUACCAAUGUUUCUCUGCUCAUCACCAUGCGCGCUGUCACCGGUUUCGCUGUCGCCUCCAACGUGCUUAACCCAGCCAUCAUUGGCGACAUGUUGGUACCUGAGCAGCGCGGCAAAGCAAUGACCGUCAUCAUCAUCGUGCCAAUGAUUGCAAGUGCCAUGGGGCCAGCCAUCGGCGGUGCUGUUGCUGAUGGACUGGGCUGGCGCCAGGUCGUCUGGAUCAAUGUGGCCCUUGCUUGUGUGUGUCAGAUCCCCCUCUUUGCCUUUCUGAAGGAGACGUAUAGAGCCCCAUCCAAACAAGACGCUCUAUCAGUUCAGCGCAGUGAUGCCGACGAUGGAAAUGCUACGGGCGCAACUCCGCAAACACCAGACGGCAAAACAGCCAUGCGCAGCUUCUGGGAUUUGGCGAUAAGACCGGCGAGUAUCUUGUGCAGUUCUAGGGUCCUUGUCAUGCUCUGCCUCUGUCACAGCCUCGACUUUGUCUUUUAUUACGUCAUGGUCACCACGUUGCCAGAUAUUCUGCAGGACGUAUACGGCCAAUCUUUGAGCAGCACGGGCUUUACCUUCAUCUAUUUCACCCUAGGCUCAGGGUGUGGCCUGUUGUUCUGCAACGUGACACUCGACAAACUCUACAAGAAGCUUCGAGACGGUAACCAUGGCCAAGAAAAACCCGAGUUUCGCCUGCCAUUGGCUAUUGUAGGCGCCAUUGGAGUACCAGCUGCGGUUCUGCUUUACGGCUGGACAGCGUCUUUGCACUUGCCGUUAAUAUAUCUCCGGCUCUCACUCCUGCUACUGGGAAUGUCGACUUGCUUUUCUGGCAUGUCUGUGUAUACAUAUGUUGUCGAUGCCUUUGGUGCCUAUUCCGCAUCCGCCAUGGCCGGCGUCAUUGUCAUGAGAUCUGUCAUGGGGGCAUUUGUACCAUUGAUCACUGUACCUCUUAUUAACGCUCUCGGAUAUGGACGGGGCUUUACGACCCUGAGCUUGGCAAGUCUUUCUCUGGCCCCUAUACCAGUACUGGUCAUGAGGUAUGGGGCAGUGUGGCGGCAGUCAUCCAAAUUCACGAGGCAGCCCACGGAUUGA